AUGGCGUCAACUUGGGAUAUCAUAUCUUCUAUUUUAUUCUUGGGGAUUUUCUUAGGAGUAGUAUAUUUCGGCAUCAAGUUCUCGUCUAUAUUGAGCGACUCGACCACAUCUGCUCAAACGUCAUUGAAGUCAAAAGGGGUCACAUACGAACAAGGUAGAUUAUCAUUACAGACUGACUUGGCUGCGCCCUCAAGACAAGAAUAUAUCGCCAACACUCAAGCUGCUUUUGAACGAGGUGGUAGGAUCAUGAAAGCUCACAAAGAUGCUUUCACCUUUAACAAAUCUCAGUCUCAAAAUCAAGAGGAAAACCAACCGAGUCCGUCCACCUCUACCUCCACAACAGGGCUGGAUGGCGACAAGAGAGGGUUUAGAAGAACAAAGAAACUCGCUUAA